AGAUCUUUACACAAAGAAAAGGAGUGUGUUGUAUCAUUACAGAAACACCUAAAUCCUUGAGAACAGAUUUAUAUACAUUUAUAUACAGUAUAUGGGACAGAUCCAGAUCUUGCAUGAAAAUGUCUUGCAUUGGCAAGAACUUUGUUAAAGAAGUCGGUUGUACAGUGUGUGGAAGAACCAGGUUUAAGGCACUUUUCAUUUUCCAUUUGCCUAUUCAUGCCCAUGACUUAAAAACUAGCUUACUCUUAAGGUUUGUUUGUGUGUGUGCAUAUAUAAUACACUCAUCAUUCAUAUGAUGAGUAUACUACUCAUACUUGUAUGUCACACUUUACUGAAGUGGGUGGGUGGGUGAUAAAAACAGAAUGUGCGCAUAUUUCUUUCACGUUAUGGUUUCCUGCCCCUCACUUCACUCCACACCUACAAUACAGUAAAACAGGAAAUUAAAGCAUCUGAGCAAAGAGCAGCAUUGCUUGCUGUACUCUGAGAGGAGCUACUCAAACAACGUGCAGCAACAAAACAACGCUCUUGUUUUCAAAAGCAGUUUUCUGGAGAUCAAACAAAGGAGUCCCUAAAUAACUGAAUGCAGCAGCUUUUAUGAGAACCAACCUACGCUUUCUGGCUUUCAUUUGACAAAACACUCAAUCCACAAUGAACGUGACGGUUGGCAACUGCAGUACUCCUUCAGCAGAGUACCAGUACUACUUCUUCCCAGCUGUCUACAUCAUAGCUUUAGUUGUAGGUCUACCAGGAAAUCUGGCUGCCCUCUUCUUCUUCACCUUCAGGGUCACUCCCCGCACAUCCUUCAGUGUUUACAUCAGCAAUCUGGCUCUGGCUGACAUCGUCAUCCUCUGCACUCUGCCCUUCAAAAUCCACUACCACCUGAACAGAAACAACUGGGUGUUUGGGGACCCGGCCUGCCGCGUCACUGGGAUUCUGUUCUUCGCCAACAUCUACAUGAGCAUCUGUUUCAUGACGUGCAUCUGUGUGGAUCGCUACAUGGCCACUGUACAUCCACACACCUAUCUGAGGCUACGGAGCCCCUGGUGCUCUCUGGUUGUGAGUUUGGUGCUCUGGUGUGUAGUCGCAGUGGCUAUGCUGGUCUUUGUCCUGAUGGGACCUCUGGAAACCAACCAAGACGCAUCUGGAACCCAUAGCUGCUUUGAGAAUUUUGCCAAGAAUGAGUGGAACACACGUUUAGUGGUCUACAGCCUUCUGUGCCUGAUCUUUGGCUCCCUGGUGCCCUCCAUGAUUAUCCUGGUGUGUUACCCGCUAGCUGCAAGGCGUAUUUCCAGGAUAAGGACUAAAACAGCCCAAAAAGCAGUGAGGGUCAUUUACACUAUCCUGGCUAUAACGCUGCUUUGCUUCCUGCCCAACCACAUGGUGUAUCUGUUGCACCUCCUCCGACGCCUGGAUGUCAUCCAGAGUUGCACCGCAGCCAACGUCAUCUACAACGCCAGGCGGGCUACCAUGGCACUCGUGAUCCUCAACACAUGCCUGGACCCCGUGCUUUACUAUGUUACCACUGGCCACUGCGAAUGGAGUAAGUUUAAGAUGACAUGGCGGUGGGGAAGACCUAGGAGGAGAAGGGGUGUUUAUACGAUUGCAAUGAGCUGAAGGGUAACAGCACAUGC